GGCGCGAGGAAGAUGCGAGGGUCGGUCGAUUUAAACGCCCGGCCGAGUCGGAGGGGUCCAAGCCCCGAAGUGCAUCGAAGCCACUGGAGCCGAUGUCUGGAGAUCGAUUUGGGUGCCAGGGCGCAUCGGAAAGGUCAGAGUGUCGGGUACCGAGGCGAGGCACGGGUCGGUUUUGCUCAGCUCGGCUCAGCUCGGUGCACCGCGACGUUUACUUGGCUCUACACUAAACUAUGGGUCUCGGACUUCAGCUCGGAACGCUAUGUUCUUGUGCUUAUCGAUUGCAUGAUUUGUUUUUUCUUCUCUCUUCACAUUGGGUGUUCGACUGUACUUUUAACGGGCUCCUUUGGGUUUCUUUGAUUCGUGGCUGCCUGCUAAGACACAAAUCUCAAGAGUGGUGAAGUUCCGUCGUACGGGUGAAAGUGCAAGAUCGGAAGAUGAUACGUGUUCUGGAGAACAUGAGAUUGAGAUAGAAGGGGUCCGAUCGGACCUGGAGCAAGUUGAACUGGAGGAUGGAGCCACUGUUCCCAAAGAUUUUGCAAAUCCUACAGAUGAUGUGUUCAUGGUGGAGGAUGCAGUGGAAGCCAUUGGGUUUGGAAAGUUUCAAUGGAAGCUCUCCGUCCUUACAGGACUGGCAUGGAUGGCAGAUGCCAUGGAGAUGAUGAUCCUUAGUAUACUGGCACCCCAACUGCACUGCGAGUGGAGAUUGCCAAGCUGGCAAGUUGCCUUUCUAACCUCGGUGGUGUUUAUUGGAAUGAUGUCCAGCUCAUCGCUCUGGGGGAACAUAUCAGAUCAGUAUGGCCGAAAGACGGGUCUGAAAGUUAGCGUAAUAUGGACACUGUACUAUGGAAUACUGAGUGCCUUCUCGCCAGUCUACAGCUGGCUACUUGUCCUCAGAGGCUUGGCAGGCUUUGGCAUUGGAGGUGUUCCACAAUCAGUAACGUUAUAUGCAGAAUUUCUUCCAAUGAAAUCGAGAGCAAAGUGUAUCUUACUAAUAGAGGUGUUCUGGGCCUUUGGGACAGUGUUUGAAGUACUGCUGGCAGUGGUGGUGAUGCCUACCUUAGGAUGGCGCUGGCUGCUCAUUCUUUCUGCAGUGCCUCUUAUGAUUUUUGCUGUCUUGUGUUUUUGGCUUCCAGAGAGUGCACGUUAUGAUGUAUUGUCUGGGAAUCAAGAGAAAGCUCUCGCUACGUUAAAGCGCAUUGCCACGGAAAACGGAGCACCAAUGCCACUUGGAAAACUGAUAGUUGCCAGGCAGGAGGACCGUGGUCGUAUCCGGGACCUCUUCACACCAGAGUUUCGAAUGACCACCAUCCUGUUAUGGUUCAUUUGGUUUUCCAACGCGUUCUCCUAUUAUGGAUUGGUUCUGUUAACCACAGAGCUUUUCCAGGAAGGUGAUGUGUGCAGCAUGACCGCGGGUGGGAGGAAGACUGACGGAAGAUGUUCACUGGACUGCAAGUACCUGAAUGCCACCGAUUACAAAGAUCUUCUCUGGACAACAUUGUCAGAAUUUCCAGGUGUCUUAGUGACUUUGUGGAUCAUUGAUCGCAUUGGCCGCAAGAAGACAAUGGCUGUCUCUUUCAUUAUCUUCUCAUUCUUUGCCCUGCUCUUAUUUGCAUGUGUUGGGAGGUUUGCCCUCACUGUAUUUCUCUUCAUUGCCAGGGCAUUCAUCUCUGGUGGCUUUCAGGCUGCAUAUGUCUAUACACCCGAGGUUUACCCGACUGCCACACGAGCGCUGGGCUUGGGGACGUGCAGUGGGAUGGCACGCGUGGGAGCUCUCAUUACUCCUUUCAUUGCACAGGUCAUGUUGGAAUCCUCAGUCUAUCUAACACUCUCAGUAUACAGUGGAUGCUGCCUGUUGGCAGCAUUGGCUUCCUGCUUUUUACCUAUCGAGACGAUGGGACGAGGUCUUCAAGAAUCAAGCCAGCAAGAAUGGGGUCAAGAAAUGGUGGGCAGAGUGCAUCAUUCAAGCAGCUCAAACAGGAGCACCUAGCACACGUUUAUCACAAGAAAAAAAUGAGCUUUAGAAAGAAGAAAUGGCCUUACAGGAAGCAGACAACAUCGUGACCAUACUAGUAUAUACCCAUUCGGCUGGUUAAUAACACCAUGAGUAUGAGGUGGGAAUCAAACAUAAUAUGUUGCGCAUAUACAUAAAAA